AUGCUUUGCGAUAAAUAAAUUAAUAGCGAAUUAUUUUGUAGUUCUACUUUUAAUUUAGAGAAGCUUUAAAAAUUUUUCUUUGAGUAAAGUAAAAAGUAAGAGUGCUCAAUAGUAAGUCGUCUCAACAAGGAUGACACAAAAAUACUCAGCUAAUAGCUUAGGUCUUUAAUAAAUUUAACAACGUUGAAAUUUGAAAUAGGAAACAAUACUUAUAUUGGUGAAGAUGGAGCAUAAGAAUUAGGUGAGAGUAUUAAAAACUUAAACAAUUUAACUAGUCUCUCCUUCUAAAUUGGCACUUAAAAUUUUAUAGGUUCAAAAGGAGCUUAGGGAAUAGGUUUGGCAUUUUAAAAUCUUUACAACUUAAAAAACCUCUCUUUCUCAAUUGGAAUUCAAAAUAAUAUUGGCAUCGAAGGAGCUUAUAGCCUUGGAUAGAGUUUGAAAUACUUGACCAGUCUAUAAGAACUAUCUAUACAAAUAGGAUACAGUCAGAUCCAAAAAGAAGGGGCUAUAUCUUUAAUACAAGGCAUUAAGAAUUUGACAUAACUAACCAAGUUAAAAUUUUUAAUUGGAUAUAAUAAUAUUGGUUCCGAGAGUGCUAUCGAAAUGGGAAAUUGUAUUGGAUUAUUAAAAAGCCUUAAAACCCUAUAACUAACUAUAGGCGAUUAUAAUAAAAUUGGUCUAGAAGGUUCAAAAGCAAUAGCUGAAGGAAUAAAAAAUGUAAAUAUGCUUCAAUGCCUUCAAAUAAAUAUAGGAUUCAAUAAUCUGAUAACUCAUGAGGGUGCUUCGGAUUUAGCUCAUUCAAUCCAUUCUUUAAAAUCUUUAAGAAUUUUAGAUUUUUCACUUGGUUCAUACAAUAUCAAAGGCUAAGAAGAAGACUUUGGAUUAGGAAAAGGAUUUAAAAAUAUGGUUAAGCUAACAAGUUUAUCAUUAAAAAUCUAUGAUAGUGAGAUGCUCUAAUAGUAGUUAAUCACUAGAGCUAGAAGAUAGCUCAAAAGGCUAACCAAUUUAUAACUAAACUAGCAAAUUUAACAACAACAACAAUAACAAUAGCAAUAACAACAAUAAUAAUUAUGA